AUGGAAUUUCUUGGAACCACUCAGACAGCCAGUUACUGUGGCCCCAAGAGAGGAUGUGGCUUGUCGGGGCUGCGCUUUGCAGCGCAGGGUCCUGUGGUCCAGGAGUGUUACCAGCCCUAUCACCUGCCUGGGUACCGCUACCUCAACUCAUGGAGACCGAGCCUCUUCUGUAAGGUCGCCACCACCCAGACCUGCCCAGAAGAAUGUCAGAGCAGCCGGCGCACAACCACCACCCUUCCCUCCCUCCGUUCCGCACUCUUCUGUCGCUACAGCCCCAAGGACUGGAACAGGUCCAAUGAGCUGCAGAUCCAGGGUGCCGAGACCUCCAGGCUCCUGGCCAGCCGGCUGACAGGUGACUCCCUGCGGAUCAUGCAAGACAAGGAGCAGCUGACUCGCCAGAUGCAGGAGGGAACCUCCCGGAACCUGGGCCAGAGGUUGUCAGAUAUUGGCUUCUGGAAGUCUGAGUUGUGCUACGAGCUAAACAGGCUCCUGACCGAGAACAGUAGCAUGGACGCCAUCAAGAGGCGGCUGGAUUGUGCUGUGGAGGAGUUGACCCGUCCCCUGCAGGUGGCCCUGGAGUGUCUGUACCAUCGAGAAAAAAGGAUCGGGAUUGACUUGGUCCAUGACAAUGUGGAGAAAAACCUUAUCCGGGAAGUAGAUUUGCUAAAAUGCUGCCAAGAUCAGAUGAAAAAAUUAGCUCAAAGAGUGGAUCUCCAGAUGCGGGAUAACCGAAAUGCGCAGCACACCCUGGAGAGGGACAUCGAGGACAAAAACUGCGCCCAGUGCAUUGAUGAGAAAUGCUUCAAUCUGAGGAACUCAUCAGAAUGUGCCACCUUCUUCCACGGCAUGGAGAAAUUUGAUGACACGGUCUCCGUUCCCGAGACCUGGGCCAAGUUCAGCGACAACAACAUCAGACACUCCCAGAACAUGCGGGCCAACUCCAUCCGGCUGCGAGAAGAGGCUGAGCAUCUCUUUGAGACCUUGUCCGACCAGAUGUGGAAGCAGUUCACGGACACCAACCUGGCCUUCAAUGCUCGCAUCUCCGAAGAGACGGAUGUCAAGAAUAAGCUUCAAACACAGCUGGCUAAGACGCUGCAGGAGAUCUUCCAGGCCGAGAACGCCAUCAUGUUGUUGGAGAGAGCCAUCAUGGCCAAGGAGUGCCCGCUGAAGGUGGCCCAGACGAGGCUGGAAUGCCGAACACGGCGCCCCAACAUGGAGCUGUGCAGGGACAACCCUCAGUUCAAGCUCGUGAACGAGGUGCUCACCAUCGACGACACCCUGCGCACCCUCCGGCUAAGGCUGAGGGCGACGCAGGACACCCUGCAGCUGCUGGUGAUGACCAAGUCCCGGCUGGAGCACGAGCUGGCCAUCAAGGCCAACACCCUCUGCAUCGACAAGGACAAGUGCAUGCGCAUGCGCACCACCUUCCCCAGCACGCCGCGCCUGGUCGGCUACAGCUGCCUGGGCUCCACCUCCAUCCCCAGCGUCAGCGCCGGGCCCUGCGCAGGCUCCGCCCCCAGCGUCUGCCCCGCCCCCUGCGUAGGCUCCACCCCCUGCGCGUACCCCGCCCCCUGCGCAGGCUCCACCCCCUGCGCAGGCCCCGCCCCCUGCGGCCGGCCCAACCCCUGCUGCGUGUGCCCGGACCCCUGCACCUGCAGCUGCCCCACGCCGGUUUGUUAA